GAGAGGAGCAGAGCCGGGCUGUGCGCACGUUUCUCCGGACAGUUUCUCUCUCUCGCUUCUGCCUCUCAGUUCCUCCGUCAUGGAUUCUCCUCCGCUUCUGCCCUUCUUCCCUCUGGACGCCGUGGCCGGAUAACUUUGGAGAUAUAUAUGCAUUUUUUUUUUUUUUAUUUUACAUAUAAUGGGAAUAUAGUUGGAUCUAUACAGCCUUGAUGGAAACCAUGUCACCGCAGCAGGGAACCAUGGGACAGAACCGGUCCGACUCUCUGACAGGGGAGAGCAAGGCGCUUCCCGACAACAAAAAGAAGAUGAAGACUCUGGCCCAGAGACGGCAGUCGGCUCCCUCCCUGGUCAUCAGCAAAGCACUUACCAAAUCCAGAAGCACGUCCAGGGAGAGCUGCUUGGUGCCGGUCAGCCCGGAGUCGUGCCCCCUGGUCCAGGCCUUCCUGGCGGGGAGUCCCGGCAGGCUGUUCCUGGGUCACGCUCACGCCCAGCUGAAGACGGGCCUCCAGACGCAGGACAGACACCUCUUCCUCUUCACCGACACACUCCUCGUCGCCAAGGCCAAGUCUCCAACACAUUUCAAGCUGAAGGCUCAGGUCAGAGUGUGUGAGAUGUGGACGGCCAGCUGCAUGGAGGAGGUGUGUGAGGGAAGCACCAACCCAGAGAGGAGCUUUGUCAUGGGCUGGCCCACCUGCAACUGUGUGGCCACCUUCAGCUCGGUGGAGCACAAGGACAAAUGGCUGACGCUCAUCAAAAGUCGGAUCAACGAGGAGAAAGACAAGGACGACCCCAAGACCAUUCCUCUGAAGAUAUUUGCAAAGGAUGUUGGGAAUUGUGCAUACGCCAAGACGCUGGCGGUCAGCAACACUGACAGCACCACCGACGUCAUCCGCAUGGCUCUGCUGCAGUUUGGCAUAUCGGGCUGUGUUAAAGACCACCAGUUGUGGGUGAGCUCCAGUAAGGACGACCCUCCGUAUCCUCUCAUAGGGCACGAGUUUCCCUUCAGCAUCAAGAUGAGCCACAUCCGGGACGGGGGGAGCGGCGGAGGAGGAGGAGGAGGAGGAGGAGGAGGAGCAGGGAGGGAACCGGCCAGUCCCACAGACUGUCCCGGGGUGCUGCUGCUGGACCAGUGCCUCCCUCCGGACACCCAGUGCCAGUUCAUCCUCAAGCCCAGCAAGGUGGCUCCAACACAGGCUCUUAUCGAGCCCGGCCAGCAGAAGACCUUCAAGAGGAAGCGCUCUCUGAUCAACUGGACCUUCUGGAAGGGCUCCAGCAGCCAGCUGGACGGCCUGCCCCUGUCCCCGUCCUCACUCUGCCCCGCCCAGGGACGCCUGUUCGGACGACCCCUGGGCUCCGUCUGCUCCCCGGACCACGGCCUGCCCAAACCUGUCAUGGACAUGCUGGUGUUCCUGUACCAGGAGGGCCCGUACACCCGCGGUGUGUUCAGGCGCUCGGCGGGGGCCAAAGCCUGCAGGGAGCUGAGGGACCGGCUGGACGUCGGGACGGACGACCCCGAGAUCACACACCAGUCUGUGUUUGUCAUCGCCGCCGUGCUCAAGGACUUUCUGAGGAACAUCCCCGGCAGCCUGCUGUGUGUGGAGCUGUACGAGCAGUGGAUGGCUGUGAUGGAGGGAGGGGGAGGGGAGGGGAGGACGCACGCCGUGCAGAGGUUGCUCCACCUCCUGCCCGGUGAGAACCUGCUGCUGCUGCGUCACGUGGUUGCCGUGCUGCACCGUAUCCAAGGCAACGCCCACGACAACCAGAUGAACGCCUUCAACCUGUCCGUCUGCAUCGCUCCCAGCAUGCUCUGGGCCCCGGCGCCCACCACCCCCGAGGUGGAGGGGGAGGGCACCAAAAAGGUGUGUGAGCUGGUCCGCUUCCUCAUAGAGAAGUGCAGCAGCGUGCUGGGAGACGACGUCACCUCGCUGUUCAGGGCCUUCAGCCAGAAGAGCAGCGGCAGCGACCACGGAUCAGACGUGUCGUCCUUCCAGAUGAACGACUCGUCCUACGACAGUCUGGAGAACGAGCUGAACGACGACCCCGAGUCUCCGUUCCAGGAGCAGCUGCCGCUCCGCGACAAGGCCAAGCCGGACAGCCGCAGCCGCGACUCGGUCAUCACGCUGAGCGACUGCGAGGCCGAGCCCGACCCCGAGGCGGAGACCGACCUGCUGCUGCAGCUCCCCCCGCGGGCCAGGCCCAGGAAGUUCAGCCCCGCCGCGCGCCAGCCCCGCCCCCACCCGGCCGGCGGCCCGCCGCAGGCUCCCCGGCGGCUGAGGCGGAGCUCGGAGCCGGCGCUGGGCCUGUCCAGCACGCCGCCCUCGGGGACGGUGACGAUUCACGUGGACAAGCGCCACCUGGCGACGAGGAAGGCGAGCUACGACGCCGCCAUGGAGGGCGAGGGCGAGGAGGAGGACGAGGUGUUCCUGCGGGGGCUGGGGGCGCUGCAGCUGAAGGAGGAGCCCGCAGACCAGACUGACAAGGGAGGAGCCAAGAUCCCCAGCGGGGGGCGCAGGAAGUCAAAGCAUGCCCCGCCCCCUCCGCUGCGCCUGGACGCCAGCUGCUCCAGCCUGUCGUCCCCAGCGACCUCGCCCACAGGCUCCUCCCUCAGCUCCUUAGACUCCGCCUUCUCGCAGUAUUCUACUGAUUACGCCACCAAUGGGGCGUUUCCGUUGACUGAGCCGACCCCCCUCUCGCCCGUCUUGCGGCCCCAGCUGUCUCCCAGGGGCUCCCCCCCUCAGCGGGACGCCCCCCCAGAGUGGCUCCAGCCCCCCCGGACAGGCCCCUCCCACGGCCUCCACCCCAACACGUGGCUGAAGAGGGACCGCCGCCUGUCCCUGCGCCAGCCUGAGGAGGAGGCGGCGGCGGUGAACGGCGUCGGUAAAACCCGGCCGGUCAGUAACGGCUGCUCUGACGGCGUCACCGCGGCGACGGACCGCAGCAGCCAGCGGCGGUCCAGCAGCCCGCCGUCCUACCAGCAGGCUCUGCUGCAGCUGCAGCGCAGCCGCUCGCCCUUCUACCGCGGAGCAGACAAACCGCUGACUGUGCGAGAGCUGCGGCUGCUGCACGACCAGGCCUGCGCCUACAGGCCGCCCCUCCCCGCCAAAACCCACACAGGAAGUGAGGUCACACAGAGGCUGGCAGGAGGCGAGAGCGCCCCGCCGCCGCAGGGCGUUUUCUACGGACAGAACUCCACCACGCUGGUCCUGCACAGGCAGAAGUCUCACUCUCUGACUCCGCCUGCGGAGGGAGACGCAGGGAGGAGGAGCCUCACGCUGCCCCGCCGGGCCUCUGAACCCACCAAGGUCACCCUGACCUCUAACCCCGCCCCCGGCCACGCCCCGGACAGACUCCGCCCCUGCAGAGCCGUCAGAGCUCCGCCUCAGGACGGCGGCCUCAGGGUGUCUGACGUGGAGUCCGGCCUGCCCGUCUCCUCUUCCUCCUCUGAGCCGCGCUUCUGCCUGUCUCCCUCCGCCACCCGGGCCGUUAGGGACUACUUUUCGUCGCAGGGCCAGGCGGACACAGACGCCUGCCUGCGGAGGAGCCAGGAGGUGGCGCUGGCUAUCGUCCAGGGGAAGAGGGAGUGGCAGAGCCGGCGGUGCAGCGACCCGCGGGUCGAUGACUUUGAGCAGCUGUUCUUUGCGGAGGAGUCGUACGUGUAAAUCAGAU